ACGCCGUUUUGAGUGGAUGCCCAGAUAGUCAUGAUUCGGCGUCGUUUUGUACGCAGAGUGGAUUCAAAACAAGGCCAACUCCGAGCUCUCUUCUCACCAGAAGAAGAUCUUCAAAGUUGAUGACCACAUCGGCGUUGCCAUCGCCGGACUCACCGCCGACGGCCGCGUUCUCUCGCGCUACAUGCGCAACGAAUGCAUCAACUAUUCCUAUACCUACGAGUCUCCUCUUCCCGUUGGAUGACUCGUCGUUCAACUCGCUGACAAGGCUCAGCUAUUUAGCUAUGAUGGGGGAAUCAGUUCACCUAGUGUGCCUUGUGGUUUGCACCCAGCGGUCAUGGAAACGUCCUUAUGGGGUUGGCCUCUUGGUCGGUGGAAUGGAUGAAUCAAGAGCUCACCUCUAUUAUAACUGUUCAAGUGGAAACUAUUUUGAAUAUCAGGCUUUUCGCUAUCUCUGCUGAGAUAAUCAAGGGGACUAGUUCAGCCACUGCUAAGAAGCUUGCCAACUUUAUGACCUUCGUUCCUACUCUAGGCUUCAAGCCCCCAAGAAAGACUGAUAAAUGACUUUGAUUGGUGUUGAAAUGUA